UUAAACUAAGCCAUUAGAUGGCCACCUUCAGUCUCUGAAGGCUGUUAUGCCAUAAUGUGGACUCCGAUAUGGCUGUGUAUGUUUUCCGUGAUUGAAUUGUGUUUUUACGGGUCCUACGCUCAAAAUGGGUCUGUGUGUAAACCUGGAGACGGCAAUUGUACGGCGAAAGAUAGCCUCAACCGUGGCGUAUUGUCCUCCGGCUGCGUGGCGCACUACUUCCGUAUAUACGUGACGCGUAGAAUACCUCCUCGUAACUACCUCUACUUCCACGAGGUUCUUCAGGGAGUGGAAGAUUUGAGGAACUUUAACCCACUUACACCGCCUAAAUUCAGGAUCGUGGGAGGAAAAUCUAUUGACAUAAAGGAUGCUCCAUACCAAGUGCUGUAUGGGGAAUACUGUGGUGGAACCCUGAUUGCACCGGAGUGGGUUCUCACGGCAGCUCAUUGUAGAGAAAAAGAAACCUUCGUCCUAGUCGGAUCCACUUUCCGAAGCCUAGCCGUGCGCUACAACAUCUGCGCUCACUUCACACACCCGCUCUGGACCAUGAACAGUAAACUGCAUCCUCAUGAUUGGGACUUCCAGUUGGUGCUGUUAGAGAAGCCUGUGCCUACUACGCCUAUGUCAAGACCUAUUGCUAUAGGGAGGUUGACUGAUGUGGUGCCUGGUGCCUUGGUGGCCGUCAGCGGGUGGGGACAUACACAGUAUAAGAAAAGCGCAAUGCAAGACCAUUUACGUCGUGUCUACGUACCGGUUAUACCUGACGAGAUCUGCAAGAUACUGCCAAAUGUGAAUUAUCACAACAUUACGGAGCGUAUGUUCUGUGCAGGCUUCCUGAAUGGCACUAAGGACUCAUGUCAAGGUGAUUCGGGUGGACCAGUCAUAUACAACGGAAAACUGAUAGGCCUGGUCUCAUUCGGAGUGGGCUGCGCGUUACCAGACCAGCCCGGAGUUUACAGCCGAAUACCGUACGUCAGAGAUUGGAUCCGUGAGAUCACGGGCCUACCGCUCUAAUUUACCGGUAUCGAUACCAGAAUAGUAAAUACCGGUAUUAUUUCUGGUAUCAUCUAA